AUGCCCGUCCAGUCCAAACCCAUACCCGCCCUCUACACGGUGUACGUCCUCCGUUCCACGGUGCGCCACGCGUCUCUCUACAUCGGCUCGACACCAAACCCCCCGCGCCGUCUGAAGCAGCACAAUGGCGAGGCUCGCGGCGGCGCUGCUCGCACCUCCCGCAUGAGCCUGCGGCCCUGGGAGAUGGUUGGCCUUGUGUCCGGCUUCCCGGGCAUGGUUGCUGCCCUGAAGUUUGAGUGGGCGCUAAACAACCCGCAUCUCUCCCUGCACAUACCCUCCGCGUCGCGGAUUACCGUCUCGAACGGCGUGAAGAAGAAUGGUCAUCCUCGUCGGCCUCGAAUGAGCCUGCCUUCCAUCCUGUCCAACCUGCAGUUAUUGCUGAGCGUACCGAGUUUCCGCCGUUGGCCGCUGACAUUGCACUUCUUCGCAAAGGAUGUGUACAAAGCCUGGCUUUCGUCGUCUGCCGACUCGACCGAGCCUAUUCCAAACACUCUUGGUGUGGUCACCGACUUCGGCCCUGACCCCACCGCGUCUUCAUCAGACGGCGCCGCUUGGGGCAUCCAUGCCUUGCCUCUGGACUACGUACCAAUCAAGGCGUACGUCGAAAAGGGACAGUCCAUCACAGCCUUUGAGAGAGAGGGCAACUGUGUUGUGUGCAAAGAUGCGCUCCCUCACGCUCAGGGACUGCUGGCGAUAUGCCCCAACGAAGGCUGCGAAGGCGUCGGCCAUCUUUCAUGCUGGAGUCGUCAUCUGCUCCGCAACGAGUGCGACCAACAAGCCGUGGUUCCUGUUCAGGGUCGUUGCCCCCAGUGUGCGGGUCAUGUUCGGUGGGUCGAUAUGAUGAAAGAACUGACGCUGCGGGAAAGGGGAGCCAAAGUGGUUGAGACCCUUCUCAAGAAGAAGAAGAGGCGAACCAAGACUUGA